UCUCUCCUGGAGGUUCCGCGUUAGCCUUGGUCCUCAAGGCAGGGGAGGGGGCGAGGGGCUCAGUGGUCCGCCGCCGCUGAAGUCCCCGCCGCCUGCCUCCGGGGGCCUGGCGAGUCCAGGGUUACCACCUCCCUGGAGACUUGAUGGCCUCGGAAGGCCUGGCGGGGGCGCUGGCCACCGUGCUGGGGGGCAAGGGGUUGCUGGUGCAGAGCUAUGACUCGGAGCCGGCUGGCAAGCCGCUGUCGCCCGUGCGGCUGCGGAAGAAUGUCUGCUACGUGGUGCUGGCCGUGUUCCUCAACGAGCAGGAUGAGGUGCUAAUGAUCCAGGAGGCCAAGAAAGAGUGCCGGGGAACCUGGUACCUCCCUGCAGGGAGGAUGGAGCCUGGGGAGACCAUCGUGGAGGCCAUGCAGAGGGAGGUGAAGGAGGAGGCUGGGCUGCUCUGUGAGCCAGUGACACUGCUGUCUGUGGAGGAGAGGGGUGCCUGCUGGAUCCGUUUUGUAUUCCUUGCUCGACCCACAGGUGGAGUUCUCAAGACUUCCAAGAAUGCAGAUGCUGAGUCCCUCCAGGCUGGCUGGUACCCACGGGUCUCCCUGCCCACUCCCCUUAGAGCCCAUGAUGUUCUGCACCUGGUAGAGCUGGGUGCCAAAUUCUGCCAACAAGCCAUGCACCCUCUCAUUCUGCCUCAAGAGCUUCCCUGCCGUGUGGUCUGCCAGCGGCUGGUGGCCACCUUCACAGCAGUCCAGUCAGUGUGGGUGUUGGUAGGCACAGCGGGGACUCCACACUUGCCCAUCACUGCCUGUGGCUUCGCUUCUGUGGAGCAAAGGGGUGGCAUCAAGGCGGCCAUCCUGCGGCUGCUACAGGAGUGUCUGACUAUGCACAAUCUGGCAGUAGAGACCAAGGGGUUGCUCGGACUGCAACACCUCGGCAGAGACCAUUUGGAUGGUCUCUGCCUGAAUGUGCUAGUGACGGUGGCUUUUCGGAACCCAGGAAUCCAAGAUGAGCCCCCAAAGAUUAGGGGUGAGAACUACUUUUGGUGGAAAGUAUUAGAGGAAGACUUGCAAAAACAGCUUCUACACAGACUCCAGGAAUCUUCCAUCAUCCCCCUGAGCAGAUAGAAGUGCCAGCAGAAACUGAGCAGCCACCCUCCCUCUGUAGGCUGGAAAGAGGCUGGUAGUCUCACUGCACUGUGUGCAGGGACCCUACAUUGAGCCCAAAGGGAGAGUGCCUUGAAUCCAGUGCUCAAGGCUCAAGGCUUUCCGUUGUUCUCAGGGUACACAGUGCUUCUCUCAAAACAGUGAGAGGCUUUUUGAACCCCAAAUGGCAUCAUCUGAUUUCUUUGUCCACUUCGGUAAAAGUCGAAUGUUGAUCCAUCCAAGCUCCUAGGACUGUAGAGGGGGAUGGGACAUGGGGAACUUGUCCCUCAGGGCAGAGUCAGCACUGAGUAAAAAGGUGUUACUUAACUUACAUUCUGGCCUAAAUGUCUGUGUGGAGAUGUGGGGCCACUGUCCCACCCACAGCCACCCAUGAUUCACCUCACACACCGAUGUGAUGCAGGGGUGUAGGGCUUUCAGGGUAAGCAACACUGUUCACUGAAGCCUCAACCCACCCAGGCUCUCUUUAGCUUUUCUGUCCUGCCGGGUGGGUGUGGGACUUUGAAGUGACUACACCCCUAAUAAAAGCACAGCUCAGACCUG